CUGUCCCACGUAAAACGUCAACAAUCAUACCUUCGGAAAUCUCAACACCCGCAGUUGGAGCUUCGGUAUGCCAUGUCUCUUCCACCGCCCCUGUACAGUUACUCUUCUUUUCCGGAGGGCAGCAUUCGCUUGCUUCGGCUGUUGCCGCAUCAGGACGAGCAUGCCCUGAUACAAUGCCGGCUCAUUGACUGCGCCCUAUCGGACUCAGGAAGCACCCGUCCGUACUCGGCUCUAUCCUACGUAUGGGGCUCUGAGAGCAAACCUCAAUCUAUUUCUAUAGACGGCUGCGACUUGCCCAUCGGGGAAAACCUUCACAUGACGCUAUUACAUCUUCGAGAUCGCUCCAUUGAACGAACUAUAUGGGUAGAUGCUAUUUGCAUCAACCAACAAGACCCGAAGGAAAAGGGACAGCAGGUUCAGUCUAUGGCUAAGAUCUAUGCUAAAGCAAGUUGUGUAAUUGUUUGGCUUGGAGGAGCAACACCCAACAGUGGCCAAGCGCUUGAAGAAAUUCGCAUCGCAGCAGAGCAGCGCACGAAGCGCUCAAUCAACGAAAACGCAAUCUUUGGACUGCUCGAGAGACCGUGGUUUCAACGCAUCUGGGUCAGAAAACAGGCAUUACUGACAAAGUCGAUCCAGGUACUUCAGGAAGUUGCCGCAGCCCGACAUGUACUGAUAAAAUGUGGUCCUACCGAAAUUGAUGGAUAUGCAUUCUGUUUAGGCCUGAGUGCAUUGAAACUGUCUUAUGAAACCCACCCAGACCUGCGGCCUCUGAUUCGUUCAGUAUCCUACCUCAUAAGAGGUGCGGUCUUCCGGCAUAGAUGCGCAAUUAGUCGGUCAGGCAGGUUUUCCCUAGACAUUUACCAUCUAGGUGGACUGGUAGAUAUGUACCACACUCGCCAAGCUACUGAUCGCCGUGACAAGGUUUAUGCCUUACUCGGCAUGAGCUCUGAUGACCAUAGCAUCGCAGGGUUAUCGGCCAACUAUGAGAUUUCAUGGGGGCGACUCUUCCAGCAACUCGUCAACUUCUUCUUCUCUGAACGGGUGUCUGUAGACACUUGGGACGAUAAGGAGAUAGCGGUAAUCAAGGGCAAGGGCUGCGUUAUAGGCCUAGUGUCUUCAGUCAAAAGAGAUAAUGAUUGGGAAGAUAGACAGCACGUGGGCAUUACUUGGAAGAAUGCGUCUUACUAUGGAGGACCGCAUUCUCGCUGGACCUUUCAGGCCUCAGCAAAAUCUAUCCGGAAAGGAGAUGCUGUUUGCCUUCUACAAGGAACCUCAUGGCCUACAAUCGCUAGGCUAUGCAAUGAUUAUUGGACCGUUAUAAUGAUUGCAGUUUCCCCUCCAGGCGAUCUACAAGCUGCAAGCAGAGAUACCAAGUCGGAACUUUUACAAUCACAAAUAACCUUCCCAUAUGAUUUCCUACUCAUCUGGAACUGGGAUAUGCAUCUAAACAAGUCACAGGAUGGAGAAGACUACGAACACUUCAUGAGCGCCCUAGUGUCGAAGUGUUCAACAACACAGCUAGAAGAUUAUCUGGAUAAAGUUACCAGGUUAUGGAACACUGGGGUGGCAUUACAAGACAUGGAGGUAUAUGGCGCAGGGGGGAAUCUCCGAAAGGCAAUGGAGAUUUUUGAGAGUGCAUUGAGAAGCAUGGAUAGCUUAGAAUUGGCUUGCCCAGGCCACGGCAGUUGGAAAAUGGGAGAUACAGAGAAGCUAGAAGGAAUGGUAGAUCUACUUACCAAGGGCAAGGACGGAUGGAGGCCGCUAUGGUUGGCGGCAGGGAACGGACACGAUGCGAUUAUUAAGCUGCUGCUCGGCACUGGUAAAGUCGACCCAGAUGCUAAAGAUGAGGAUGGACUGACGCCAUUAUCGCGAGCGGCUCAGAAUGGUUAUGAAACGAUCGUCAAGCUGCUGCUCGGCACUGGUAAAGUCGAUCCAGACGCUAAGAGUAAACGCGGAGAGACGCCGUUAUCUCGAGCGGCUCAGAACGGGCAUGAAACGAUCGUCAAGCUACUGCUUGGCACCGGU